AUGGCUUAUUUCUCCUACGAUUAUCAUUCCUUCCUCGGACUUCUGGCAAUACCGGCCAAAGAAAUGUCAAAAACGCCGAGACCACCGAUGGAUCUUCUCCACUUACAUGAACAAUUCUGGGGAAAGUCUCUGGAUCCAUCACUCACCACCAUACCAACAAACGAGAGCAUGAUUGCCGACAGUGCUGAUCUCUGUGAAACUCAAUUUGACGACCAACUAAGUGACUGUAUCCUUUCGGAAGAACCCUUUAUUAUGGACAUGAAGCCACAAUUUUUCGUCCGUGCUGACUAUGUUCGUCUAUUCAAUGAAGUUCAAACCAAACAUCGGCUCUAUCAUGAAACAGGCUGUGUUAUU